AAUUGUAAAAAAAAAAUGGAUGUUGUUUUGGUUUAAAAAAUUUUUGUCAAUUUCUUUUUUUAAUAAUUGUGCGGUCAUCGAUUGUGUUGAAAUUGCAGAUGUUAAGGGGAGGGGAUGAGAUAAUAAGAUGUUUGAAAUAUUUAAGGGUUGAUAUGAAUGAAUAAGUGAAAGGGUUAAAGUGAGUGUGUGGGUUUAUGUGUGUGUGAGUUAAAGAAAGCAAAGAAAAGAAAAAAAUCAAAACGGAAGAAUUGUUUACAUGGAAUUGUUUAUACAUAUCAAUAUUUAAUUGUUUUUAAUAAAAAUGAGUAUACAUGAGGAUGACAAAUAGUAAUAAAGGAAGAUAAAGGAAGAUAAAGAAAAUACAUAAGAUACUGAAGAUAAAGAUACUACGUGGAACAACGCAACAACUGAAGCAGAAAUAAUUAUUUUUUUUAAAACGAGAUUAAAUUGCCAAGGUACCUAACACAAAAUAUGCUUUGGAGUGUGACGAAAUACAAAGAAGAAAAUUCGUUUGAUUUGUUCAAAUUAAUGAUAAAAUUGAAUCAAAUUAAAAGAUAAAAAUAAGAAAAGAAAAAAAAACAGAAAAAACCAUUUUCUAUAAACGGCCAAAGAAUGAAGAAAAGAUUGUUACUAGGUUUUGUAUGUGCUGUAUUACUUUUCAUCAUAAUGACGUCUAACGAUAAUACAAUCGUAAAAAGGGUUACAGAUUUUAUUGUAAGAGACAGCAAUGACGUUUCCUGUUACGAAAUAGAAACCAGCUUUGGUUUUCAACUCUUCGAAUCUGAUUUUCAGAAACCAAGCCCAGAUAAAAACAUAUUUUUCCACGAGACAUCCUGUUUUGGUGAAAAAGGAAUAAUAUUGAAUCCACGACAAGCAUGUGCAGUUGAAUCAGCUGCUCUGAUGAAUCCAGGAAGUACAAUUUAUCUUUUAUUUAUUAGCCCAUCACCAAUAUCUGUGGAAACUAAAGAAAUGAUUAAACAAUUGACGAGUUAUUCUAAUAUCAAAAUACGUAGAAUAUAUCCAGAAACUUAUACGAAGGAUACACCAUUGGAAGAUUGGUACAAAAGUGGUGUACUUAUGAAAAGUAAAUGGAGACGUAGUCAUAUGUCAGAUGUUUUGAGAUAUUUGACAUUAUGGAAAUAUGGAGGAAUAUAUCUCGAUUUGGACGUUGUUGUUACCACGUCGUUGGAAAAUUUAACAAAUUUUGCCGGUGCCGAGGAUUGGGAUGAUGUAGCAGCCGGUGUUAUGGGUUUCAGUUCAAACGAUCUUGGUCGUCGUAUGGCUGAUGCUUGUCUUCGUGAUUUGAAAAAAAAUUUUCGCGGUAACGAUUGGGGUAACAACGGUCCUGGUGUUAUAACUAGGAUAUUGCAAAAAAUUUGUUCUACCAAAUACACUCGAGACAUGUCCGUGUCACGUUGCAACGGUUUCAAAGUAUUUCCACCGUCAACAUUUUAUCCAAUUCAUUACAAAAAAUGGAAGAAAUAUUUUCAACAGGAUAAAAACAAUUCGACUAUGAAAUUAUUGGAAAAUGCUAGAGCAAUACACGUUUGGAACAAAUUAAGCAAAUCAACGAAGAUUCCAAUUAACGAUGACGUACCUUACGCCAUUAUUGCACGUAAAUAUUGUCCCAAAGUUUCAUCAAAUUGCGGUGAUCAUUUUUAAACAACAAAAAUGAACCAAAAAUUAAACAAUCGAAAAAAUAAUCAAUUUUUUUAAUGAUCUGGU